AUGACGGAGCUGCAGAACCAAACCUUUACACUGAACACAGGGGCAAAGAUCCCAGCAAUUGGCUUUGGAACAUGGAAAGCCGGUCCAGGAGAGGCAGCCGCCGCUGUCAAAGCUGCGUUUAAAACCGGCUAUAGACACUUUGACUGUGCACCACUAUAUGGCAAUGAAGCCGAAAUCGGCGAAGUCUUCAAGACAAUUGAUGUCCCCCGAGAGGAUUACUUCGUGACUACAAAGCUUUGGUCCUCAGAUCACCGUCGUAUUACCUCGGCCUUGCAAAAAUCCCUCGACGAUCUCCGACUGGACUAUGUCGACCUCUACUUGAUGCAUUGGCCAGUCACGCUUCCCACUGCAUCCCCAGAGACGUACGGCAAAGAGGAUCGCACGGCACAUGACCCGGACUGGAACUUCAAAGAUACCUGGCGGGAAAUGGAGAAACUCUUGGACACAGGAAAGGUGCGCGCAAUUGGCGUGGCAAACUUCUCGACGGUCAACCUAGAGAAAUUAUUACAGACCUGCAAGAUUGUCCCCGCUGUCAACCAGACCGAGAUCCAACCUUUGCUUCCCCAGAAGAGAUUGAACGCACUUUGCACAAAGCGCGGCGUACACCAGACGGCAUUUGGACCUCUUGGUGGGAGUGGAAGCACAUUGCACUCAGAUCCUGUUGUGAACGAGAUCGCGAAGAGGAGGGGUUGCAGCUCUGGCAAUGUUUUACUGAGCUGGGGUGUGAAGAAGGGAUGGAGUGUCAUUCCGAAGAGUGUGAAUGUUGCACGAAUCGAGGGGAACUUGGAUCAAAGCUUUGUGAUGACCGUCGAGGAAGUCGCGCAAAUCGAUCAGUUGACUGAAACGCUUGGGGCGAAGCGCUUCAAUCGGCCGAAUUGGGGCACCACAAUCUUCCAUGACGAUGAAGCAGAGAAUGUGAAGUAA